UUCUGUUGCAUUUGGGAACAAUUGUGUUGCAUAUCUUUUUCCCCUGGACCGACAGAACUGUGACAAUCCAUAUGAUGAUGCAGGGCAUGUGUGCAACUGUUGGACAAUCCCCUGGACCGACCCUGACGUCCCGGUCCAAGAGAGACAGACAGAGAGAAUGGAGGGACAGAGCAGGGUUCUGGUGAUCGGUGGCACCGGCUACAUCGGCAAGUUCAUCGUGAAGGCUAGCGCAGCGUCUGGCCACCCGACGUUCGCACUGGUCAGGGACACUUCUCCCUCCGACCCAGCCAAGUCCCAGCUUCUUCACUCCUUCACCUCCUCUGGCGUCACCCUGCUUCGCGGCUCUCUGGACGAUCAUCAAAGUUUGGUCCAAGCCAUCAAGCAGGUCGAUGUUGUCAUUUCAGCGGUGGGAAGUGCACAGAUCUCACAGCAAGUCAAGAUCAUUGCUGCUAUUAAAGAAGCUGGUGAUGUCAAGAGGUUCCUUCCUUCGGAGUUUGGAACCGACGUCGAUCGCCAACAUGCGGUAGAGCCUGCCCGGAGCAUAUUCGCUUUAAAAGCGCAGAUUCGCCGAGCCAUUGAGGCCGAAGGCAUUCCUCACACUUACGUGUGUUGCGGCUUCUUUGCUGCCUACUUCCUCCCCAGUAUGGCGCAGCCAGGAUUGACCUCCCCUCCAAGAGACAAGAUUGUCAUCCUAGGAGAUGGUAACCCCAAGGCCGUGUUCAACAAGGAGGAUGACAUAGCCACCUACACCAUCAAGGCUGUCGAUGAUCCAAGAACCCUGAACAAGGUGCUCUACGUGAGGCCACCUGCCAAUGCUUGUUCCUUCAAUGAGCUGACCUCACUUUGGGAGAAGAAGACUGGCAAGACCCUCGAGAGAACCUACGUUCCGGAGGACCAAAUACUCAAGAACAUUGAAGAGUCGCCGUUCCCGAAGAACGCUAUGGUGGCGAUCGCGCACUCGGCUUUCGUGAAAGGUGACCAGGCGAAUUUUGAGAUAGAGGAAUCGUUCGGAGUGGAAGCAUCUGAGAUGUACCCCGAUGUCAAGUACACAACCGUGGAACAGUACCUUGAUCAAUUUGUUUAAGCUUGUCUUCUUAUUUAUGGCAAGUUUACACCGAUGUCAAGUACACAACUGUGGAACAGUACCUUGAUCAAUUUGUUUAAGCUUGUCUUUUUAUUUAUGGCAAGCAUCCCUCCUUGUUA